AACAGAGCUCAGACCGUUUCACUUUCUCUCUCUCUCUCUUACUCUCAGUGCAUCUGCAGAUCUCUCUCCAUUCUGGAUCUGCAAAUGUGUGCCGAAUCGAUUUCUUCCCUCAUCGGAUUCUCUACUUUUUUCCGUUUCAAGCUCAUUUCGCCUGUGGUUUCAUCCUGCAAAAGCAUAGCUCCUGACACUUCCUAGGGAGGUUGAUAAUGAUUUGGGAAACUUACUCUAGAGAAAAUCGUUGUCGAGUGGGAAUUGGGGUAUGUAGCUUUAUCUUUCUGUCAAGGAAUUAUGGAAAGUGACAGGACAAUCACUCCUCCCACAGAAGGGGUCAGCGAUGGUUUUCAGAAAAUGCGACCUCCGCAUGGGAGGACUAGUGGUCCUACAAGGCGUUCCACAAAGGGGCAAUGGACAGCCGAAGAGGAUGAGAUUUUAUGCAAGGCUGUUCAGCGUUAUAAAGGAAAGAACUGGAAAAAAAUAGCGGAAUGUUUCAAGGAUCGGACAGAUGUGCAAUGCUUGCACAGGUGGCAGAAGGUCUUGAAUCCAGAACUUGUCAAAGGUCCAUGGUCAAAAGAGGAGGAUGAAGUAAUAAUUGAAUUGGUUAACAAAUAUGGGGCAAAAAAAUGGUCCACCAUUGCACAACAUUUACCUGGGCGUAUUGGAAAGCAAUGUCGGGAAAGGUGGCACAAUCACCUUAAUCCUGCCAUAAACAAGGAGGCAUGGACUCAAGAAGAAGAGUUGGCAUUGGUUCGUGCUCAUCAGAUAUAUGGAAACAAGUGGGCAGAGUUGACAAAAUUCUUGCCGGGAAGGACAGACAAUGCCAUAAAGAACCACUGGAACAGUUCCGUAAAGAAGAAGUUGGACUCUUAUAUAGCAUCAGGUUUACUUGCACAGUUCCAAGGCCUGCCUCUUGUUGGUCAUCGAAACCAAUCAAUCCAUUCAUCUUCUUCAAGGAUGCAACAGAGUAGUGGAGACGAUAGUGGUGCCAAAGGUGGGAUAGAAGCAGAGGAAAUUUCAGAAUGUAGUCAAGGUUCAACUGCGGUAGGUUGCUCCCAAUCUGUGAGUGAAAUGUCUAAUUCUGGUUUACACACAAGAGAGGAAUUUCAGAUGACUGAAGAAUCUGGUCAAGGAAAGGAACAAAGUUCCAGUCCAAUAUCAUGUUCCAAACAAUAUUACGCAUCUAUUGAAGAAGUCACUCUCUCAAUUCCAGAAAUCCCUUGUGAAUUGGAUUGCCCUUCCAACUACCUUGAGCCAAAUUUCCCACAUGAUGCUAGAAUUUCUGGAAGCGUGGAGCGUCAGUUUAAUUCAAAUGAGCAACCUGCUAUUUCUUCUUUUGAACUGGGACAGGCAUCAUCAGGUUUAUCAUCACAUUUUAAUGGUGGCAAUGAAAACCGGGACACAGUUUCCAUCCCAUUACAAACUUCUGUAGGGUUGAAUGCUUCUUCUUCCAUGGGAAAUAUGGGUGUGGAUUCUGAUAUACCUGAACACUUACUGAUAUCUGAAGGCGAUUGUUGUGGGUUCAGAUUCCAAGAGGCAGGGACUGAUGAAUAUUUUUCCUCUGAAAAUCUUACAAGAUGCACAAAUGCCAUUGAAUUGGAAUGCACAGAUCCAUUAGUUUGCCAAUCAUCUGACUUUCAGAUCUCUGAAACCUCAGGAACUUCAGCUUCACAGCCAUAUUACCCUUUAAGGUCUGAGAUGUUGGAAGCUUCAUGCUGUCAAUCUCUUCUGUCUGUUCCUUCAGUUCAUCCUGCCGUUGACUGUACGUUUAUAUUUGGUACUGAAACCAAUCAAUUAAGUGAUUGCUCGCUUCAAACUCAAGGACUUGAUGAUUUUAUCUAUACCAAUGACUCCACCAAUUCUAUCUGUCACAAUGGUACAGAAAACAAAGACCUUCAAGAGCAACCAGGCCCGGCAAAGGAUUCUGUAAACUUAGUUCCUGUAGAUUCUUUUGGGUCAGGACCAUCAGAUAUAAUGCAUACUUGUCCUUCUAGAGAAGGAAAACAACUAGCGCAUACUGAACAGCAGGAUGAAGGCGCUCUAUUUUAUGAGCCUCCUCGCUUUCCUAGUUUGGACAUUCCUUUUUUUAGUUGUGAUCUUAUACAGUCUGGUAGUGACAUGCAGCAAGAAUAUAGUCCUCUUGGUAUCCGUCAACUGAUGAUGUCUUCUAUGAACUGCUUGACUCCAUUUAGGCUGUGGGAUUCACCAUCUCGAGAUGAUAGUCCUGAUGCUGUGCUGAAAAGUGCAGCCAAAACUUUCACAGGUACACCAUCCAUUUUGAAGAAACGACACCGUGAUUUACUGUCACCUUCACCUUUGUCAGAAAGAAGAAGUGAUAAAAAGCUUGAGAGUGACAUAAAUCAAGGGUUCUUUUGCACAUCUAGUUUGACCAAGGAAUUUUCUCGCCUAGAUGUUAUGUUUGAUAAUAGUGGGACUAACCAGAAAAGUAACUCUGGACCCUUUGAUGAAGAUAAAGAAAAUCUGGGCCAUGUUUUUGUGGUGGGAAAAGAAGAGAGGAGAGAUGGUCCUCCAUCUUCACAUAACAGAAAUUCAGAGGUAGACUUUGAUGGCAGAAAUUCUCUGGACAACAUCAGACAGGGAAAUGUUGAUGUUGAUGCUAAGACUAAGUUUGAUGCUGAUGCUGAUGUGCAAAUUCCUUCUGGAGUCCUUGUUGAACAAAACAUGAAUCAUCAGGUAUUAUUUUCUCCUGACCAAGUUGGAUUUAAAACAGACAAAACCUUUGGUUCCAGUCGUAGAAAUCGGGGAAAUCAGUUCUCUAGAAGCUUGGAAGCUACAUUGAAACAGCAUGCUCCUUCAGAAUCUUCAUCUGGAAAUCCAUGUUUAUCUGUUGUUGACUUACCUGCCGUUGUUGGAAAGAAUCAUGAUGGUCAUUUGGUUGCAGCCACAUCCAUGCCAUCUAACACUUCAUCAAACCCCCAGGACACUAUGGUUGGCAAUGCUGGCAAUGAUGACGAUGUCGGAACCUUUAGUCUAUUUGGUGAAACUCCUUUUAAAAGAAGUAUUGAUUCCCCUUCAGCAUGGAAAUCCCCUUGGUUUAUCAACUCUUUUGUGCCUGGCCCAAGAGUUGAUACAGAAAUAUCAGUUGAGGAUAUAGAAUAUUUCAUGAGCCCUGGGGAUAGAAGCUAUGAUGCUAUCGGGUUGAUGAAACAGUUGAGCGAGCAUACUGCAGAAACAUUUGCUGAUGCCAAGGAGGUUUUGAGAAUUGGUGCUUCUGAAGUGAUGUCAAAGGAAAGAUGCUCUAGCAAUAACAAUCAUGACCCAGAUCAUCAGCUGGAGAACCAUUCCCAUUUGGCUUCAGAAGUAUUGACUGAGCGGGUACUCGACUUCAGUGACUGUGGCACACCUGGGAAGGAAACGACAAAGGGGAAAUCUUCUGCUGCUCCUGGCUUUUCAAGUCCCUCUUCCUAUCUGUUGAAGGGAUGCAGGUAGCAGGUUCUUAUGGCUAAAAGCCUUAUCCUGCCACAUUCCAAAGUGAAAUUUAGAAGUAAAAUAUGUCUGUUUGUGUUUUUUCCUUCUCUGUUAUUGUUAUAAUGUCUGAAGUUGUGAUUUAAUUAAUUUAUCGAAGAUUGUUCAAGUGCA